AUUGUCAAGUAUAUGUAAUAUGUAUCUACGCUCGCGUCUUCAGUUAUAUAUUAUGUAGUAUGUAGUAUGUGCGAACUAAGCAGCUUCUUUCGACGACGGACACUUUGCUGCUAGUGUAAACGGAAUUCCGUUCAUCUCGUUUCUUUUGCUUAUCGUUCCUGGUGAAACUUGCAACGGCUGAAUCAGCGUCUAUCAUUCUUUUCUUUGUCGUUCCCUUUAGUCUUAACAAUAAGAGAAAUAUUAGGGACGAUUACAUAUGAUAUAGUUAGGAAAUGGGCCCCCCUUACGCAAGAGUCUCUUUCAGCGAUGGAGUUGACGAUGGGAGGUGGUCGGCGGAGGUGGUCGAAGGUAGUAGACUCCUCACGCACAAGGGCGGAGCACGCUGAGAAAAAGAGAGAAAGAUAGUGUGACUUGGCAACAUAAAGAAUACGUAAUGCAAAACGACGCGAAAAGAGAUUUCAUUGGCCGACUCCAAAGGUGUUCCUCGUGCACGCCUACCACCAAUCCAUGCUUCACUCCACCUCCUCUUUAUUAUUAUUAUUAUUAUUCGACACGCAAUUGGCAGGGCUUAAUGACGUUCUCCGUACUAACUCCGACAUCCUUCCUAUAUUUCAAUCCUCUUCGAGAGACCUGAGAGACCUGAAAGACCUUGACCACACUUACAAUUAUUAUUUUUAUUCUAAAAAAAUCUAAAGGCACACACACACACCUAGAGAGAGAGAGAGAGAGAGAGAGAGAGAGACCUGUAUACGACCUGUAUUCACAGGUUUCACUUUUAACCCUUCAAAGUUUAAUACGAAAAAAAUCAUGUUAAUGCUAUCCUGGAUGAAAUUUCACCUCACCGUAUUAUCUUUCAUUUUACAUAGCAAUAGGAAAAACAUAAAUGCGAUUAAAAAUUUGGAUUUUAUUAUUUAAUAUCGGAUUAAGAGUAUAGAGAUUAAUUAUUGGCCUGAAAUUCCAGCCAUGAUAUCUUUUAAAGAUUAACAAAGUCAAUUAUUUAUUUAUCAGAUUGUUCAUCCAACGCUGAAAUUCACAAAUAUAUAAUUUGAUUGAAGUAGAGCACCGUGACACAUAGGCACCGUGACAAUACCGGCGAGUCGUUAUGCCACGCUUAUUCAAGCUUUACAAUAGAUUUCUUUUGCCUUUUCCGCGUAAUUAUAUUGAAGUAGAGUGAUAUGUUAACCGAAGAUAAUGACCCGACAAAACCAGCAGGCGUUUUAGACAAUGCUGGCAGUGUGUCUUCCUCAACAGAGGCCUCGGUACAGCACCCCCGCAAUGCAAACAAUGAAGCCGAAGUUAAAAACGAAGUUCAGGAUUGUCCAGAGAACGAAAGCGUGCCAGGUAACGAAUUAUACAUCGACGAGAAUGCCGAGGAAAAGGAGCAGGAGUAUCCGGAUUCCAUGGAGAAGGCUGACUACGGUAGUCUCUAUGGCGCCAAUCAAUACUAUAACAGUAUAUACAAUUCGCCUACUUAUGGAUCAACGACGGCGGCCACCAAGAACACGUCGGGCUUGCAAAGCUCUUAUCUGACUUCUUACACAACGCCGAGCACGAUGACGCAAUAUUCGUCGUAUGCCGGAUACAAUAGCGGCACCACGACGUUUCCUAACGUAGGACAAAAUAUAUCUUCGGCUUCUCAGAAGUUGGACUACACUGCUUAUGGUAGCAGUUUGUACGGAAACGACAGGGUACCCCUCCAAUAUUCCGGAUAUUAUCCGAUGCCUGGUUAUCAUACGAGUCAUGCGUCUUUCAACAUAGGAAAUCUUAAUUUUGCUGAUUCAACGAAGACAGCACUGACGUUGGACACGGGUGGUCACGAUGCGAGUGACCCGACCGCACGAGACCCGACCACAAACGUCGAAGGAACAACAGCGAAGCCCUGCAGACGCGGCAGGCGACAGAGCGGAAGCGGAAACAGUAUCGGUUCCGCGGACACAACGGAAGCCGGCCCCGAUCGUAUAUUCAUUUGGGAUCUCGACGAAACCAUAGUCGUGUUUCAUUCGCUUCUCACUGGUCAAUUUGCUACGAAGCACCGAAAAGAUCCUACCCUGCUCGCACAGGUAGCCUUCAGGAUGGAGGAAAUGAUAUUUAAUUUGGCCGACACGCACUUUUUCUUCAACGACGUUGAGGAUUGCGAUCAAGUACACAUAGACGACGUAUCGUCCGACGACAACGGACAAGACCUAUCCUCGUAUAAUUUCGCAACGGACGGCUUUCAAUGUGCUUCAGCGAACAACGGCAUGUGCCUGGCCUCCGGGGUACGCGGGGGAGUCGAUUGGAUGAGAAAACUCGCCUUCCGUUAUCGCAAGAUAAAGGAGAUCUAUUGUAAUUAUCGCAACAACGUUGGCGGCCUUCUUGGAACGGCGAAACGCGAACAAUGGGUCCAGCUGCGUUCAGAGAUCGAACUUCUCACCGAUAAUUGGCUCACGUCGGCUGUCAAGUGUCUUAGUUUGAUCAACAAGAGAAGCCAUUGUAUCAACAUUCUCGUAACUACCACCCAACUCGUUCCCGCCCUCUCAAAGGUUCUCCUAUUUGGUAUCGGAGGAAUAUUUCCUAUCGAGAAUAUUUAUUCCGCAUCUAAAAUAGGGAAAGAGAGUUGUUUCGGAAGAGUGGUGGCUCGUUUCGGUCGCAGAUGCACCUACGUCGUCAUAGGGGAUGAUUCCGACGAGGAGACGGCAGCGAGAGCGCACAAUUUUCCUUUUUGGCGAAUAAACAGUCAUUCGGACACUCAGGCACUUUACAAUGCUUUGGAAAUGGGAUUCCUUUAACAUGUUAUCCUUUAAAAUACUACGAAUUUUUUUCAUUAACGAUAUAUUAACGAUAAGGACAAAACGAACAAAUGGGUCCAUGGUUAAAAAGUGAUAUAAUAAACAAGUGCAAGCAGAUAUAACGACGAGCAGCAGAGAUAAUUGAAGAGGCGACGCUACAUACCGUCAGGGAGUAUUUUCUAAGUAUCCGAUCGAAUCAUCCGAUCGAAUCAUCCGAUCGAAUCAUCCGAUCGAAUAAUCCGAUCAAUUUUCAUUUUAAAUUAUCAAUUAUUUUAUCAUCAUAAGCGUCGUAUAUGUGUCAUGUGGAAUUGGAAGAAAACAACGCAAGCGUUUUUUAUGUUCUCGUAAAUACGAGAUGCAAUGGAAAAAUGGAUACGUACGAUUAACAUACGUACGAAAACAAGUAGUCGAUCGAUCAAGAUCUUUUCUUUUCUUUUCUUUUCUUUUCUUCCCCAUUAAUUAAUUACGCGAUAAGUAAUUAUCUUUUUUUUCCGUGUACUUAAAAAUGUACGAUACAUGCGUAUAUAUAGUAUAUUAUCAGUUUUUUUUUCUUCCAUUUUCCAUUAUUUUCUUUUGUCUUGCCUAGUUUGUCGACACUUGCGAAAAACAAAUCUAUCAGUUUGUUUUUUCAUUUGCAAUCGCUAAUAACGAAUUGUUAAUGAUCUCGAAGUUGCUUUGAAAGAAUAUAUCCACUUUUUCCUAUAUUACGUAUUAUACUAGCUUGAUACUCGACGUGCGUUGUAAAAAAACUAAUAAAUACGUGAAUAUUAUUUUUUUGUAUGGAAAAUAAUUUUGGACAAUGUGAUCGAUGUGAAGAAGCAAGAGAUUAGAAAAUGAUAGGAGAUGAAUAAUUAUUAAGAAAACAACAAAUUAAUGAUUAUAUAUAUAUAUAUAUAUAUGUACACUAUAUAGCGAAAAGAGAGAGAGAGAGAGAGAGAGAGAGAGAGAGAGAGAGAGAGAGAGAGAGAGAGAGAGCGAGAAACAAGUGCAAGUGUGAUCACAACUAAUUAGGAUAAUUCUAGUAAAGUUUAAGAUGGGACACGAUUAGCGUAAAUGCUAGCCAAAGUUAAAAACAUUGAACGACUGUGAAAGUAAUUUAAUGUAAGUUUCAUGAAAUAUAAGCUCGUUAGGGGGUGAGUGUAAUUCGAAAUAUAAUCAAGUUACAUUGUACAGCGGUAUUUUACAUUUUAUCGAUCACCGAGAGAGUUAACGAAGGAGGGUAAAAAAGCAAGAUGAGAAAGGGGAGACGAAACGAAAGUCAAAUAAUAACGAAAUAUCUUUUUUUUUUUUAACCAUAUCUAAGGAAACAAAUACAAAUAUAUCGUUACAAGUUCUACGAUCGCGUAAAUGCAUGUACGUAGGCACUUGGAAAUAAGUAUUUUUCUUUUUGAAUACUUUUUACUUACAUACAGGGCACAAAAAACUACACAUACGUUUCUCUCGUUAAUAACAUUUAACGAAGUGUUAUUUUAGUAACUCGACCAAAUCGAAAAAAAAAAAA